UCCGACAUCAAAAUGAUAUUCAUCCCCAAUCUACUUAAACUAACCUGCAAUUUGUCCGAUGUAUAAAUUUAAGAAUUUUGAUAGAGUAACUCAUGAUUCAAUAACUAUAUACAUUUGGAUUGUAGAACUAUUUUAUAAUGACAUUAGUAGAGUUUUUUUCGAUCACGUAAAUUUUUUUUAUUUUGCAUUCUUAAUUUAUUAUUUGGCACAUGGUGUUUGUACAUAUACAUGAGUGAAGUUUGUAUUCUGACCAGCUAAAUUUUUAGAUAAAAUAGACUGGACAAGUGUAAAUAGUAUUAAGAGAAAAAGUAUUUCCAGUGAAUUAUAGUAAAUUAACAUCAUAAUAAAAUGCAAUGAAAAAGGAAGGCUAUUAAUGACCUUCUGAAUAAAUGUAUAACAUGAUGAGAAAAAAUACUUUUGUUUUCUAAUAAGUAAUUACCACAAGUUUACUUAUCUUGCAAUAAUGGAGAGAAAUAUGUUUGAAAAUAAAUCUACAAUUGAACGAGAAUUAUAUUUUCUGAUUGCGAAAUUUCUUGAAAAUAGCCCUUGUAUUGAAACGGCAAAAAUUCUUAGAUGUGAAUUAGAAACAUAUAAGAUUUUACCGCAACGACUUGAUUGGAAAGGAAUAUCUCAUGAUCAAAAUUUCGAAGAAUGGAAAAAAAGUUAUCCGCACAUCCAUUCGAAUUAUUUAUUACAAAUAUGUGCAAGAAUUCACUCAAUGCUCGAACGAGAUGUACCUUCUUGUGUCCCGGUUGCUAUAUCUCUACUUGGAGCUGGUGGGCAGUCACUUCUACGAACGAAGGAAGAUAUUUUAAAAGAAUGUCAUAGCGUUGUGACAUACUCCGGCAGAUCAGGAAGAAAGCCUUAUUUUGAACAAACUGGGAAUUUAGUAUCCGACAAUGUUGUUCGGGUUCUUCAAGGCCGAGAAAAUACUGGAUCAUUGAAUCGACGAGAGGCAAUUCCACCUAAAUUUUAUUCUAAACUACAACUGUACCGCCAUACUCUAGGUCAUCUUUCAGCUGUUUACUGUGUUCUAUAUGAUCGAACAGGUAAAUACAUCAUAACUGGGGCCGAUGAUUUACUUGUCAAAGUAUGGAGUGCAAUCGAUGGUCGCUUGUUUGCUACAUUCCGAGGAGCUUCAUCAGAAAUAAUGGACAUAGCUGUGAAUUUUGACAACACUCUUUUAGCGGCCGGAAGCUUAGAUAGAAUUUUACGAAUUUGGUGUUUCCAAACAAUGUCACCAAUUGCAGUUUUAUGUGGACAUUCGGGCAUGAUAACUUCUGUUAAUUUUUGUCCUAUUAUAUGCAAUGGUAUCAAUUACUUGGUAUCAACAAGUACAGACGGAUCAGUUGCAUUUUGGUCUUACACUCAAAAAUUCAAUGAAAGAGCAGUAUUUCAACCAAAACCAAUACAAUAUCAUGAAAAAAUGAGACCCGGACAAGCGCAAAUGAUUUGUGCAUCAUUUAGCCCAGGUGGAACAUUCAUGGCAGCUGGCUCUGCAGACCACCAUGUGCGUGUUUAUGCCAUGUUAGGAGAUGAAGGCCCUCGACGAGUUCUCGAGAUUGAAGCACAUACAGAUACAGUUGAUAGCAUUCAGUGGGCUCAUAUGGGAUUGAAAUUUAUUUCCGGUUCAAAAGAUGGAACUGCUAAUGUUUGGAAUUUUGAACAACAACAGUGGAUGCAUAAGCGCCUUUUAAUGAACACAAAAUUAUCUGGAGAUCUUAAGGUCGAUGAAGAUACGAUUAAAAAAGCAAAAGUAACAAUGGUAAGCUGGGAUGUAAGCGAUCAGUGGGUAAUCACAGCAGUAAAUGAUAGCUCAUUGAAAGUGUGGAAUGCUAAAAGUGGAGAAUUAGUCAAGAUCCUAAGAGGUCACAAGGACGAAGUCUUUGUUUUAGAAGCUCAUCCUAUAGAUCCUCGAGUUAUAUUAAGUGCUGGACACGAUGGACAGUUAAUCGUUUGGGACGUACUUAAUCCUGAACCAAUAGCCUGUUUUCAAAACUUUAUUGAAGGCCAAGGUAACGGAGCUGUAUUUGAUGCAAAAUGGUCGCCCGAUGGUACUAUGCUUGCUGCAACGGAUUCUCAUGGUCACUUAUUGAUGUAUGGAUUUGGAUCUGGAGUUCAGAAGCUAAAAACUAUCCCCAAGGAGUUAUUUUUUCACACAGACUAUCGACCACUCAUUCGGGAUAGCAAUAACUAUGUAUUAGAUGAACAAACACAAACUGCACCACAUUUGAUGCCACCACCAUUUCUGGUUGACGUGGAUGGAAACCCGUAUCCACCGGCAUUGCAGCGAUUAGUCCCUGGUAGAGAGAACUGUCGGGGAGAACAAUUGGUUCCUAAUAUAGCAGUAGGCGUAGGAGGAAUGCAAGAAGUUAUUGAAGGGUUACCCAAUCCAGAACCACGUUCAAAUAUUGAUCGACUUAUUGAAGCUCUUGCACAAAGACAGAAUUUAAAUAGUGGGGACAAUGAAGAGAUUGCAGAUAUGGAAGAAAAUUUUAAUGAAUCUCAAAUUCGGCAAAUUUCCAGCCCACGAAGUAACCGUUCAGGAUUACGAAGAGUUGGAGAUGUUGAAGGAGUUAGACAAAGUAGUGGAAAUUGGCAGAGAGAUAAUACUACGCCUUGGAAUAAGCCGAUUUUGGUACCACCUAUUCACGAGGCAAUACGAAAAACGCAACUAAAACAAUUGUAUUCAAUGGCUGAUAUGGAGACAGAUAUUUGGAAGAGAGAAAUGAAAAAAAGACCAUUACCUCCUGUAAAACUUGCUGAAACUUCAGAUCACGCAGUUGAUUAUUUAACAAAUCGGAAACGCAAUAAUGGUGUAAGACACGGUUAUCGAACUCGAGCUGCAAGAGAUGAACAACAAAAUGAAGACGAAUUUAAUAAUUUAGAAAACGGAGAAUUAUCAGGAAGUUCAGUAAGUAGUAAUAGCAAUGACUCUACAGCUCAUGAAGAAGAUUUGUGUUCUGAUACUACUACAUCAGAUACGAGUAGUGAAUAUUCCGAUUGGAUUGCUGAUCACGGAUUAAAUUUGGAGCCUCCGACGCGAAGUAAAAGGAAACCUAUAAGUAAAAGAACGAUCACACCAUCUAAUGACUUGAGUAAGCCUAAAAAUCAACGUAUGAAAAAAAAGAUAAUCUCAGUACCAAAUGGAGUUGCGGAAGUACCCGAUAUUUUUCGCCCGUCAGAAUGGCUUACUGAAGUAAUUCCUCGCAAAGCACCAUACUAUCCACAAAUAGGUGAUGAGAUAGUUUAUUUCCGUCAAGGCCAUAGUUUAUAUCUUGAUGCUGUAAAAAACAAGAAAGUCUAUAGUCUAAGUGCUCGAUGUGAACCCUGGUCUAAAAUGACUAUUAAAGCUCAUGAAUUUGUAAAAGUCGUGGGAAUCAAAUAUGAAAUUCGUCCGCCUCGGCUGUGUUGCUUAAAACUAGCGUUGAUGGAUGAAGAAGGCCGUUUAACUGAAAAUAAUUUUACGAUUAAAUAUCAUGAUAUGGCAGAUGUAUUAGAUUUUUUAGUGCUACGACAAAGUUUUGAAACUGCAUUAAGCCGAAAUUGGUCAGAAGGUGAUCGCUUUAGAUGUAUGAUUGAUGAUGGAUGGUGGAUGGGACAAAUUGAAUCUAUGGAACCAGUUGAUGAAGAAUUUCCCGAAUCAUAUUUUAUGUGUUUUCGUGUAAGAUGGGAUAAUGGAGAAUAUGAGAAAAUGAGCCCUUGGGAUUUGGAACCUAUCGAUGAAGAGAGGCUUCCUGCUGAAGUUGGGGGUGCAGUUCCUGUUUUGCCUGAAGAAAUUCAAAGUACGUUAUAUCAACCUCAACCUGAAGAAUGGCCUAUGGGGGAUAGAGAAGCAACUUGUCGUCGAAUAGUUCGUGGAGUCGAUCAAGUUAUGUCGCUUGCUAUAGCUGAACCAUUCAUUACACCAGUUGAUCUUAACAUAUAUCCUGCUUAUGCAUUUGUAGUUGAAUAUCCCAUCGACUUAUCAACUAUAAAAACACGUUUAGAGAAUCAUUUUUAUCGUAGAAUUAUAUCAGCACAAUUCGAUGUUAGAUACUUGGCUACUAAUGCUGAAAAAUUCAACGAACCCCAUAGUCAAAUCGUAAAAGCCGCAAGAAUCGUAACAGAUUUAUGUUUACGUAUAAUUAAAGAAACUACAGAGAUAGAUGUGCCAGCUGUUUAUCAUCAAUUAGUUGAUACAUAUCAAUCUUCAGAUUCAGAAGCUGAAGUAGUUAAUCAUAAGGUAAUGCCUUCUACUAGUCGACAAAAGUCGGUAUGUAAUAGAAUCUUACGCUCUCAUCAUGGAAAUUCAAUAGAUUGGAAAUUAGCGUGUCGGCAGUUACUGGAAAGUUUAUGGCAGUGUGAAGAUUCUAUUCCUUUUAGAGAACCGGUGGAUCGGUUAGAACAUCCUGAUUACUACCAAUUGAUAGAUACACCGAUGGACCUUCGUACGGUGAAAGAAGAUUUACUCGGUGGAAAUUACGAAACCCCUCUAGAGUUUGCCAAAGAUAUGAAAUUAAUAUUUACGAAUAGUAAAAAUUAUAAUACUAAUAAACGAUCAAAAAUUUAUUCGAUGACCAUAAGAUUGUCAGCUAUGUUUGAAGAACAUAUGCGACGAAUUGUAUAUACCUGGAAAUCAAGCAGACGACGAACUCAAAACUGCCAGAUUAAAAAACGGAAAUGUACGUCAAAAAGUUCAAAAUCCCACCUGGCGAAUGGUGCUGGCCCGUCUACGAAAGGGAGUGAGACUACAAGUGAUGACGAUGAGGAUGAUGACGAUCAUGAAAACGCUGAUAAUAAUAAUGAUGACGAUGACGACGAUGAUGAUGACAAUGAUAAUGGUAAUGAUAAUGAUGAUGAUGAUGAUGAUGAUGAUGAUGAUGAUGAUGAUGAUGAUGAUGAUGAUGAUGAUGAUGAUGAUGAUGAUGAUGAUGAUGAUGACAAUGAUGAAAAUGAUGAACGAAAAGGAAAUUCUUUGAUUAAUCAUGAUGGAAACGAAGAAAACCUUCAUAACAACAAACGACCAUUCUACAGUUAUGAAUCAGGUCCAUCUAGAGUGGCGAAUUGUAACACUAAACGUUCCAUUAAUUCAAGACCAAUCAGACUUAAGAACACUUCAAUAAAAAAAGACUCUGAAAGUGAAAAUAAUUCCAGUGAUUCAGAUACAACAGCUAAUCGUGACAGUAAUGAUGAGCAGCCUUUUCGGCAGACGAAAAAACAAAUAAAUUUAAGCAAUAAUAGCGAUUCAAAUAAGAGUUUCAAAUCUGUAGAUCGUAGUAAACCGUUAAAAAAAAAAGUAUUACGAAAGUGUAAAAAAGUUAUUCGUACAAAUAGAUCAACAUUGCAAAAUUAUACUGAGAGUAAUUAUGAAGAGGACGAAGAAAAUCGAGUGUUUAAGAAGGGAGAAAUGUUAACAGGAAGUGAAAGUUCUCAAGAAGACAGUGAAAAUGAAAAAAUACCGAAACGUACAAUUCCACGAGCAGUGAAGGCAGCACAAGAUGAAACAUCUCAUUCUAGUGGCUUAUCUCAAAAAGAUGAAAGUGAAGAAACAUUGUCAGACAGUAACAGUGCAGAAUCCUCACAUCAAAAUGUUUUAAAUAAUAGAGAUUCUGACAGUUUAGAUUCAAUACCAAGAAAUAAACCUAUAAAAUCACAAAGAAGAAAAAGAAGAAGAAGAAGAAGAAGAAGAGUUACUAAUGAUUCUGAUAACGAAGACAUAGAAAUUUCUAGAAGAGGAAUGAAACGGAUACGUUACUGUGAAGAGAGUGAUGAAACUGAUUUGAUCCCUUCAAGAAACAGACGACAAGUCAAAAAGCGUUAUUACGCUGAAGAAAGUGACGAAAGUUUACCUGAGUUACCUGAGCCUGGAAUCAGUAUAAGUAGCAGAGGACGUGUACGAAAAAUGACUGCAAGAGCACGUGCUUUUUUAUUAGAGUCACCAUAAUGGCCUUCUUAUAUUGUCAAUCCUUGUCUAUUGAUACUUAAAAAUUCAGGCCAAAAUUUUAUAUACGUUUUGCGGCUAUCAAUAAAUUACAUUUUCCAAUUUGUUUUUCAGAUCUUAAUCAUGAAUGUAUUGAAAACUUAUAUUUUCCAUAUUUUCUUGGUUUAGAAGAUAUAUAUAUUUUUUUUUAUUGUUUAAUGUCAAAAUUAAACUGCUAAAAUUUGAAGAAUUGAAAAAUUAGUAAUUUAUGUAAUAUUUAGUAACUAUCUUAGCUACCCGAUUUAAUACAAAUCCGAAAUUUUA